AUAUGGUCCAUCCACCUCCUUAUCACUCUCAAUCGGAUAUUCACGGCAACGAAUCAAAGAAUUCGAAAAGCAAUUGAGUCCCCACUGGACUAGAAGACUUUACAACCUGUUUGUACAUAUGAAAAUACGUAAGUACAGUACAUUGUAUAGAAAACCCAGAAAUAAAACAGGUAGAAAACAGAUCAAGAAACAGCACAGAGAGAGAGAGAGAGAGAGAGAGAGAGAGAGAGAGGGAGGGAGGGAGGGAGAAGGGGAGGCUACACAAUGGCUUCUUUUGGCGUUCUCCCUUUUAUUUUGUUGUUACUCGUUGUUAAAUGUUCCGCAAGGCCUUUGUAUCCACUACCAAGCAAAAUCAACAGACAGCCUCUGCAGACUUUUCGCCCAUUUAACAUUGCACAUCGAGGUUCAAAUGGAGAGAUUCCUGAAGAAACAGCUGCUGCAUACAUGAGAGCUAUUGAAGAGGGUGCAGACUUCAUAGAAACAGAUAUCUUAGCUUCCAAAGACGGUGCACUAAUUUGCUUCCAUGAUGAAACCCUUGACGCUACAACUGAUGUAGCAGAACACAAGGAGUUUGCCAACCGUAAAAGGACCUAUGAUGUCCAAGGGGUUAACAAAACUGGUUUUUUCACUGUUGAUUUCACACUGAAAGAGCUAAAGACAUUGCGGGUGAAGCAGAGAUGCCCCUUCCGGGAUCAACAGUAUAAUGGAAAAUAUCAGAUCAUUACUUUUGAUGAGUUCAUUUCAAUUGCUCUGGACGCGCCGAGAGUUGUUGGAAUUUAUCCCGAGAUCAAGAGUCCAGUGCUUAUCAACCAGCAUGUGAAAUGGUCAGACAGUAAGAGAUUCGAGGACAAAUUUGUGGAGAUUCUUAAGAAGAAUGGAUAUAAAGGCUCGUAUAUGUCAAAAGAAUGGUUGAAACAGCCUGCAUUUAUCCAGUCAUUCGCUCCAACUUCUCUUAUCUAUGUCUCAAACCUGACAGACCUUCCCAAAGUCUUCUUAAUAGAUAACGUUACGAUGCCAACCCAGGACACAAAUCAGUCGUAUUCGGAAAUCACUUCGGAUGCUUACCUUGACUUCAUCAAGGACUAUGUUAUGGGAAUUGGACCUUGGAAGGAUACAGUGGUACCUGUUGAGAAUAACUACUUGCAAACACCAACUGAUCUUGUCACUAGAGCACACGCUCGUAACCUACAGGUCCAUCCAUACACUUACCGGAACGAGAACUCUUUCUUACACUUUUACUUCAAUCAAGACCCAUACGCCGAAUAUGAUUACUGGAUAAAUAAAGUAGGAGUGGAUGGACUCUUCACAGACUUCACCGGCAGCCUCCAUAAGUUUCAGGAAUGGACCUCCCCUCUCUCCCAUAACGAUGACGACGAAUCCGCACUGCUGCAUAAAAUUGCAUCGAUGGUGUCAAACUAUAGAAAGCAUUGAGAUUGUUUCCUCGUACUUAUCGUAACUUCUUGGAAAUCAGUUUCGAAAAAAAUAAUUGGUGGAUAGUGUUGACAAAAGGAUUCAUCAUUUCUCCGGUUUGAAAUCUUUUUUGUGACAAAAUUUUGGAGCCUUAAUCAUUCAAUUUGGAUUAUGCA